CACUCGGGCGGGCGGAGCCGCCACAACCAAACAGCGGCAGCAGCGCCGCCCGCGCGGUCACGUGAAGGGACGCUGGRCACCACGUGAUGUGAAAGCCGAAGAUCACGUGACCGGCGGCCACGCGGGAGCGCUCGCUGUCCACACCACACGGAGCGCUGCCAUGGCUCCGCUGCUGCUGCUGCUGCUCCCGYCACUGCUGCUGCUCCCGCUGUCACCGUCCGCCCGCGCCGCUCCCGCUGCCCGGCUCGUGCGGCCUGGCCUGGAGGAGCGGCUCUUCCCGCAGGUGCGGGACCACUUCAACUUCGAGACCUACGGCAACGAGACCUUCCCGCAGCGGUACCUGGUGUCGGCAAAGUUCUGGAAGAAAGGAUUUGGGCCCAUCUUUUUCUAUACUGGCAAUGAAGGUGACAUCUGGACCUUUGCUCAGAACUCUGAYUUCAUAUUUGAAUUAGCAGAGGAACAGCAAGCACUUGUCAUUUUUGCUGAACAUAGGUACUAUGGGAAAUCUCUUCCGUUUGGACUUGAGUCAACACAGCUGAAGAAGAUGGGUCUGCUCACCGUGGAACAAGCCCUUGCUGACUAUGCAGUGCUCAUUACUGAGCUUAAGCAGCAGUUUGGUGCUGCAGACUGCCCUGUCAUUGCUUUUGGAGGCAGCUAUGGAGGAAUGCUGAGUGCUUACCUGAGGAUGAAAUACCCAAACAUUGUGGCUGGAGCRUUAGCUGCCAGUGCUCCUCUGUUGUCUGUGGCUGGCCUUGGAGACCCCACCCAGUUCUUCAGAGAUGUCACAGCAGAUUUUCAGAAGUCCAGCCUAGGCUGUGUCACAGCUGUCCGURAAGCCUUCCAGCAGAUCAAGGACCUGUGCCUGAGUGGAGCCUAUGAUGAGAUCAGCAGAAAAAUGGCCACAUGCAAUAAGAUCUCUAACAAGGAGGAUGUUUACCAGCUGUUUGGAUUUGCUAGAAAUGCCUUCACCAUGAUGGCCAUGAUGGACUAUCCAUACAAAACCGACUUCAUGGGUCACCUCCCCGCCAAUCCAGUGAAGGUCAGCUGUGAACAAAUGAUUGCCCACAAAGACCCAGUUGAAGGCUUGGCUGCUCUUGUUGGGGUGUUCUACAACUCCUCUGGCUCAGUACAGUGUUAUGACAUAUAUCAGCUGUACCAGUCCUGUGCUGACCCCACGGGCUGCGGCAUCGGCUCAGACGCAGAGGCUUGGGACUACCAGGUUUGCACCGAGAUCAACUUAACAUUUAACAGUAACAAUGUGACRGACAUGUUCCCCGAGAUGCCCUUCACAGAGGCCAUGCGUGAGCAGUACUGUUGGAACAAGUGGCGUGUGAGACCACGCGUGCAUUGGCUGCAGACAAACUUUUGGGGAGAAGACCUGAAAAGUGCAAGCAACAUCAUUUUUUCAAAUGGAGACUUGGACCCAUGGGCUGGAGGUGGGAUAAACAGCAGUCUCAGUCCUUCACUGAUUGCCCUGACCAUUAAAGGAGGUGCCCAUCACCUUGAUCUCCGGGGACACAACCCAGCCGACCCCCCGUCCGUCAGAGAGGUGCGCAGGCUGGAAGCCGGGAUCAUCCAGAGCUGGCUGAAAUCUGCAGGCACUGAGCGGGUGCRGGAGCAGCGUGUGGGAGCUUCAGCAGGCAGCCAGCCCUGACACCACCCAUCCCUGCAGCCCUGGUGCUGUGCCCCGGGGCACAGCAGCCUGCUGAGCUGGCUGUGGGCUGGCUGGGACACUGUUCUCUUCUCUUCUCUGCCAUGAUGGGAACUCCCUUUUCCAAAGUGUCCCAUCUGUACCUCAUUGAGCAUCAAAUGAAAGGCAAAAGGCCAAAUCACUGACAAGCCAAACCACAUUGUCUGGGCUCCAUGCUUGCCUGCUUAGAAUGAGCUGUUAUAAAGGGCAGGAAUACGAAAAGCUUGCCUGGAAGGUCCCAAGAACCAUCACUGCCCUGAACAAGAUGGUUGCAUGAGGUUUAGUUCACCUUAAGGUUGAAACUAAAUUUUUUUUAGAGAAAAAGGAAAUACUAGAGGGCUAGUGGAAGAGCAGAGRUAUGGUCAUGACUGACACAGGAUCAAGGGAACUCCACUAGUGACCAGUUAUCUAAAACAGUCAGUCUUAGCCAGGGCUGUGGGUUUGGGGUGUUUUAAUUUUGUUUUUAAUUUGUCUAAGAGAUUCCAGUUGCUGAGAUGAAGAUUUACACAAAGGAAUCCUGGUGUGCACUGCUGUCACUCAACAGCUGUGUAUUCAUG